CUGUCCAUCCACGCAGGGAACUACCAUCAAAUCUUUCAAGACGGUCUGGAGUACAAUCUCAGUCUUGCCGAGAAAUACGGCGGUGCAGUCAAAAUUUACGCUUUGUUAGGGAAUGAACAGCUAUACGUUUCCGACCCGCGCGCUCUGCACCACAUCGUCGUGAAAGAGCAAGACGUAUACGAAGAAACUGACAUGUUCAUCAUAGGCAACAGACUCAUCUUCGGUGAAGGACUGAUCUCUACGCUCGGCGAACAACAUCGCAAACAACGCAAGAUGCUGAAUCCUGUGUUCUCUAUGGGAAAUAUGCGCGAGCUGCUUCCGACAAUACAGCCCAUUGCAAGUCAGCUCUGCGCCGUCAUUACUUCACAACUACCUAACCCAAAAGAGAUCGACUUACUACCUUUGAUAUCUCGUGGUGCGCUGGAAUACGUCGCCCAAGCGGUGUUGGGAUAUAGCUUUGGGGCCUUGGAUUCGAGUGAGACUGUCGAGUACGCAGAGGCAAUCCGAAGCUUCACGCCUGCAGCAUUACGAUUGGUCUUUCUACGCCCCUUCAUUCCAUUCAUAGUCCGAAAAUUUUCGCUCUACUGGAGGAACAAGAUGGUGGCCUGGAUUCCGGUGAAGCCGCUCAAGGACUUGAAGCGUAUAGUGGAAGUCAUGGACCGCUCUAGUCGAGCGAUAUUUGAACAGAAAAAGGCUUCCGUGGGCGAUCAUGCGGAUGACAUCACGGUUUAUCCUGCGACAAUAAAAGAUAGCGCAUUCGGCAAAAGGACGAAGGGAAGAGACAUCAUGAGCAUCAUGAGUAUGAGUGUUCAUUAUCAUCUUGACUUUUUUAUGCUUCAAUCGAGGUACUUUCACAGUGCGCGCCAAUGCCUCAUCGUCAGAGACGCCGAACUGCCUUACGAUGUUCUCAUGGGUCUACCAUUUCUCGAUGCAGUCAUCCGGGAGACCUUGAGAGUACACCCACCGACGAAUGUGUUGAGCCGGACUGCACGGAAGGCGACAACUUUACCUUUGCAAUAUCCUAUUCGUUCAUCGUCCGGGACCAAGAUCAAUGCUAUCCCUGUUCCCAAGAAUACAACUGUUAUCGUUUCCAUAUUGGCGGCUAAUCACAACCCUAAGGUCUGGGGAGAGGACGCAUCUGUCUGGAAGCCGGAGCGAUGGCUUGCUGCGUCAGGAGAGCACGCUUCGGGGACGCGAGCUGAUGUAAAAUAUCCUGGGGUGUAUGGGUCGAUGAUGACCUUCCUUGGUGGUGGCCGAGCAUGCAUCGGAUUCAAAUUUGCCGAAAUGGAGAUGAAACAAGUGAUGGCGACUCUUCUCACUGUCGUACACUUUUCGCUUCCAUCUACUCCUGACGAGACCGGUCAUAUCAAAGAGAUAUACUGGAAGACGAAUGCUGUGCAAGUCCCUGUCGUACGUCCCCCCUCUGGAGACGGUCAGACGCCGCAGGUACCAUUGGACGUUAGAUUAGUCAGGGAGGAUGAUUAUUUGUGA